GCGACGCCGGAAGUCCUGGGUCGGUCUGGCGGUAACCUUGCGGGCUGGGCCGCUGCUGUGGAGGUGAGGUCUGCCUGUCUGAGCGUUGGCCCCGGGAAGCUCGUUAGCUGCGGGGGGCCGCAGAGGUCGCGCGGGAGGGCGCCGAGCGCCGCGGAGCUCAGGCGCGCGCGCAGGACCUCUCAGCCGACAUGUCUCUGGUGGCGGAAGCGUUCGUCUCCCAGAUCGCAGCUACAGAACCAUGGCCUGAAAAUGCGACCUUAUAUCAGCAACUGAGAGGGGAACAAAUUUUGCUUUCUGACAAUGCAGCAUCUCUUGCUGUGCAGGCAUUUUUGCAGAUGUGUAAUUUGCCUGUCAAAGUGGUGUGUAGGGCAAAUGCAGAAUAUAUGUCUCCAUCUGGAAAAGUACCUUUUAUUCAUGUGGGAAAUCAAGUGGUGUCAGAACUUGGCCCAAUAGUCCAAUUUGUUAAAGCCAAGGGCCAUUCUCUUAGUGAUGGGUUGGAUGAAGUCCAAAAAGCAGAAAUGAAAGCCUACAUGGAAUUAGUCAACAAUAUGCUGCUGACUGCAGAGUUGUAUCUCCAGUGGUGUGAUGAAGCUACAGUAGGGGAGAUCACUAUUGCUAGGUAUGGGUCUCCUUACCCUUGGCCUCUGAACCACAUUUUGGCCUACCAGAAGCAGUGGGAAGUCAAACGUAAGAUGAAAGCUAUUGGAUGGGGUAACAAGACGCUGGACCAGGUCUUAGAAGAUGUAGACCAGUGCUGUCAAGCCCUUUCCCAAAGACUGGGAACACAACCUUACUUCUUCAAUAAGCAACCUACUGAACUCGACGCUUUGGUUUUUGGCCAUUUGUACACCAUUCUUACUACACAGUUGACCAGUGAUGAACUUUCUGAGAAGGUGAAAAAUUAUAGCAACCUCCUUGCUUUCUGUAGACGGAUUGAACAGCACUACUUUGAAGACCGGGGUAAAGGCAGGUUGUCUUAGAGUUGUAUGCCAAUUAGUUAUUUUAAAAAUCCAACUUUUGAAAUAUGUAUUACUUGAACAAUAUUUUAGUAGUUGCAGGAUCUCAAAACCAAAAACACUGUUUGUUGAAACCUCAAAAAAAUUGCAUAAUGUCAUAUACAUGUUCUUUGUACUGUUAUUUGUGUACACAAAUUGAAUUGUUUGAUUUGUUACAUUAUAUUCUAUAUCUUGACAUUUUCUUUCUUUAUGAGUACAUAAAAAUAAACCUUAAGCAACUGAAUUUGUUUCAUUUCCUUUGAUCUUUUUGGCUACUCACUGACCUUGGUGCAUGUGGAACAAACAGUUCUCUAAGGAAAGCAGUUGAUAGGUGUAUGCUGAGACUACUGAGUACACGGUGGAACUGACCACAGGAGAGUAUUUUGUAAAAAGGUACACGGAGAAAGUGUGGCAUACAGUGAGGUACAGACUGAACGUUCUUAACACCUAAUUUAAAUUGCAUUAGCCAGUGUUUCAUUGAGUCUGGGGUGAGUUGAAAGAACUAUUUUAUAGCAAAUCUCCAGAGUAUUUUUUUUUAUUUUAUUUUUGGUUUGAAAACUGGUAGUUUUCAAAGGAGUAUUGAUGGGAAUUUAUAUGCAAACACCAAGGGUUAUAGAUUGUCCCAGGUUUUUCGAUGGUUUCUGUUCCGUUUCACUUAGUGAUGCUGUGAGGGAUAGAUGUAAGCCUGUUAUCAGUGUGCUGAGAGAUGGUUAUUUGAUGCUGCCUUUCUAUCCUUUACGAAGCAUUUCUAACUCAAUCUUCACAGAACACUUAAUGGUAGUUCUUAUCUCCAGUUUACAAAAGAGAAUAUGGAGACACAAUUUUAAAAAAUUUUCAUACAUGUGUACAAGUAUUUUAGUCAUAUCCAUCCCCCACUCCUCCAGUACUCCUCCCAUCCCCCCCCCACAUACGUCUCAUCUCUCCCCCAACUUCCUGUCUUUAAAAAGUUAUAAAAUUUUUACAACCUAUGUCAGAUUACUCAUGUGUGUUGUGUAAGUUGUGAGGCAGCCUACCAUCUGCUUCCCUUUUCCCAAAGAAGAGUAGCUCCCUCCCUCAGCUGCCAUUAACUGCCAUUGGCUUCUCAUCGAGGAGUGGUGCAUUGGGAGGAACCUUUCUACCCUCCAUGCUGAUAGUCUUUCUCAUUAUCAUUUGUAUUUCAUCUCCAAAUUAACACUUUUCUCUCCAUUGAGACAGGACUUCUCUCUGUAGACCAGGCUGGCCUCAAACUCAGAGAUCUACCUACCUCUGCCUCCUUAGUGUUUAGAUUAAAGAUGUGUGCCACCACUGCCAGACUUCAAACUAAAUCUUAUAAGGGAUAAUUUUCAUCUUUCCAUCCAAAAGAGUGGG